AUGAUUGUGAGGAAAAGCCUGGGGAGGGUAAAGUCAGUACUAAUGCUGCUUAUGGUGUUGGGGUUUUUCUUUGCAACUUAUAAUUUGGUGUCGAUGAUAGUAGGACAUAAAGUCGGAACUGAUUUGGGAUCUAUUGUUGAUGGAAAAGUGGAGUUUACGAAUACGAAAUCAAAAUUCCAUGUUGCUGUUACUGCGACCGAUGCUGCUUACAGUCAAUGGCAAUGUAGGAUUAUGUAUUAUUGGUAUAAGAAGGCGAAGGUUAUGCCUGGAUCGGCUAUGGGAAAGUUCACCCGAAUUCUGCAUUCAGGAAAGGGAGAUCAGUUGAUGAAUGAAAUUCCUACUUUUGUUGUUGAUCCUCUUCCUGAUGGUUUGGAUAGGGGUUAUAUAGUCCUAAAUAGACCAUGGGCUUUUGUUCAAUGGCUGGAGAAAGUGGUUAUUGAUGAAGAAUAUAUUCUGAUGGCAGAACCUGACCACAUAUUUGUCAAUCCUUUGCCUAAUUUGGCUUCAGAAAAUGAACCAGCAGGGUAUCCGUUUUUCUAUAUAAAACCAGCUGAAAAUGAGAAAAUUAUGAGAAAAUUCUAUCCUAAGGAAAAGGGUCCUGUUACUGAUGUCGAUCCCAUUGGCAAUUCCCCCGUCAUCAUCCACAAGUAUUUGUUGGAGGAAAUAGCUCCCACUUGGGUGAACGUUUCGUUGAGAAUGAAAGAUGAUCCUGAGACGGAUAAAGCUUUCGGAUGGGUGCUUGAAAUGUAUGCUUAUGCUGUAGCGUCUGCGUUGCAUGGUAUAAAGCAUACUCUUCGGAAAGACUUUAUGCUGCAGCCGCCAUGGGACUUAGAAGUAGGGAAGAAUUUUAUCAUACAUUAUACAUAUGGAUGUGACUACGAUUUGGAGGGGAAACUGACAUAUGGGAAGAUUGGAGAAUGGCGUUUUGACAAGAGAUCAUAUCUGAUGUCUCCUCCACCUAAUAACAUUUCCUUACCACCUCCCGGAGUUCCCGAAAGUGUGGUGAGGCUAGUAAAGAUGGUGAAUGAGGCUACUGCAAACAUACCUAAUUGGGAUUCAUUAAAUAGAAGCUAA